AUGCCCUCAAGCGAUUCUGGUCUUAGCGAGGCUAUUGCACUGGACAAAUUGUCAGUGACUUACAGAGAUGAGUUCAAUAUUCCGACUGCGGAGUCUUUUGGAGGUACUGUCCCGGAGGUGCAAGGACCUAUAACUUAUCUGGCUGGAAACUCUCUUGGGCUGAUGCCUAAGGCGACAAGGAACGCCAUCAACGAUGAGUUGGACGCUUGGUCUGCCCGUGCAGUUGAUUCCCACUUUAGACAUCCGAUUGACGACGCUCACAACUGGAUGGAUGUCGAUCUGCCACUGGUCCCUUCCCUAGCCAAGAUUGUUGGUGCAAAAGAGUCCGAGGUUGCUUGCAUGGGAACGCUGACGAUGAACCUGAAUGCCUUACUGGCAGCUUUCUACAGGCCUACUGCCACAAGAUUCAAGAUUCUUUUUGAGAAAAAAGCUUUUCCUUCGGAUUUCUAUGCGUUUCUUAAUGCGGUGAAACUGCGUGGGUUCAGUCCGGAGGAGGCUUUGAUCCAGAUCGAACCCCGUAAAGGAGAGUUCACUAUUCGGACCGAGGAUAUAUUAGAGUCAAUUGACAAGAAUGGCGAUGAAAUUGCUUUGGUUUGUUUCCCCGGAAUUCAGUAUUACACAGGCCAGUUCUUCGACCUCAAGACCAUAACCGAUUUUGGUCACUCGAAGGGAUGUAUAGUCGGAUGGGAUUUAGCCCAUGUUGCAGGGAACAUCCCCGUCAAACUUCACGAUCUUGACGUGGAUUUUGCGUGUUGGUGCAGUUACAAGUACCUCAACUCCGGACCUGGAGGAAUCGGGUGCAUCUUCGUGCAUGAGCGUUGGUCGAAGGCCGAGACGCAGAUUCCCAGAGUCGCAGGGUGGUGGGGAAACAACCGGGAAAAACGGUUUGAGAUGUUGGAAGAGUUUGAUCCUAUUCCCAGUGCUUUGGGAUUCAGACAGUCGAAUCCAAGUGUGCUGGAUGUGGUGGCCCUCCACACAUCGUUGAAGAUGUUCGAGCGGGUUGGGGGAAUUGACGUUCUCUUCGAGAAGAGCAGGAAACUGACCAAGUUCCUCGAGGAUCAACUGCAUAAGAGCCCAUUCUACUUGGAGGCCGGGGAGCUCGAUAAUAAGGUCGGUUUCACGAUCAUAACGCCUACGGACCCCAACAGCAGGGGAGCACAACUCUCGGUUUUAUUCAGUUCGCACGCCCUGAUGGAGAAGGUAAAUAGCUAUCUACAGGCUCACGGAAUCGUUUGUGAUGAAAGAAAGCCGAGCGUCAUCAGAAUUGCACCCACCGCCCUCUACAAUACGUUUGAAGAUGUGUUCAGGACGGUCGAUGCGAUCAACACCGGAAUUUCUACAUAA